AUCCUGGCCAACAUGGUGAAACCCUGUCUCUACUAAAAAUACAAAAAUUAGCUGGGUGUGGUGGCGCAUGCCUGUAGUCCCAGCUACUCGGGAGGCUGAGGCAGGAGAAUUGCUUGAACCAGGGAGUCGGAGGUUGCAGUGAACCGAGAUUGUGCCACUGCACUCCAGCCUGGUGGCAGAGCAAGACUCUGACUUUAAAAAAAGAAAAGAAAAAGACAUUUCUGUGCUACCCACAGAGGGGUCCAUAUGGCAUUGUUCUGGAUUCCCGUCAUAACUUAAAGGGAAACUUUCACAAUGUCCAGAGACCUUGAUGGCCUGUGGAUGAAGAAGGAAGAUGUCCUUAAGUUCCUUGCAGCAGGAACCCACUUAGGUGGCACUAAUCUUGACUUCCAAAUGGGACAGUACAUCUAUAAAAGGAAAAGUGAUGGCAUCUACAUCAUACAUCUGAAGAGGACCUGGGAGAAGCUUCUGCUGGCAGCUCGUACCAUUGUUCCCAUUGAAAACCCUGCAGAUGUCAGUGUUAUAUCCUCCAGGAAUACCGACCAGAGGGCCAUGCUGAAGUUUGCUGUUGCCACUGGAGCCAAUCCAAUUGCUGGCUGCUUCACUCCUGGAACCUUCAGUAACCAGAUGCAAGCAGCCUUCUGGGAGCCACGGCUUCUUGUGGUUACUGACUCCAGAGCUGACCACCAGCCUUUCACGGAAGCGUCUUAUGUUAACCUACCUACCAUUGCUCUGUGUAACACAGAUUCUCCUCUGUGCCAUGUGGACAUUGCCAUCCCAUGCAACAACAAGGGAGCUCACUCCGUGGGUUUGAUGUGGAUGCUGUCUCAGGAAGUUCUGCGCAUGCGUGGCACCAUUUCCCAUGAACACCCAUUGGAGGUCAUGUCUGAGCUCUACUUCUACAGAGAUCCUGAAGCGACUGAAAAAGAAGAGCAGGCUGCUGCUGAAAAGGCAGUGACCAAGGAGGAAUUUCAGUGUGAAUGGACAGCUCCAGCUCUUGAGUUCACUGCUACUCAGCCUGAGGUUGCACAAUGGUCUGAAGGCGUGCAGGUGCCUUCUGUGUCUCUUCAACAGUUCCCUACUAAAGACUGGAGCACUCAGCCUGCCAUAGAAGACUGGCCUGCAGCUCUCACUGCGCAGGCCACUGAAUGGGUAGGAGCAACCACUGAAUGGUCUUAAGCUGUUCUUGCAUGGGCUCUUAAGCAACAUGGAAAAUAAACAUCAGUAUCUAAAUAAAAAAA